AUGAAAAUUAAAAGACACGCCGAACAUAUAUCUGAUGAUUCUGGGCAAACUUUCUUCGAAGUGUUCUAAAAAGCAAUUUCCAAAUAUGAAGUUGAGAACCAAAAGUCAUAUCCCAAGCAAGAUAGCGAUAGAUUCACUCUAUAUGAGGAUUUGAAGUUAAUCUUAGAACUAUCUAAAGUCACCUAGAUUGAACCAUAACAUUUUGAUAGAAUAGCAGCUCUACUUAAAAGAUCUAAAGCCGUCUUAAGGAGAAGGUAAUUAAUCAAAUAAGCUUAGAUAUCAAGAGUAUUUGAAAAAUAUAAAUCAAGAGGAUUUAUAAGUAAUAUUUUCCUAUUUACAACAUUAUGGUGCCUAUGGAUACCUAAUUUUUGUUCUUGAGGAUGGAACAUAGAAAUUAUUAGAUAUAGAGCCUUUAAAGCAAAAGGAAACUCCGAUAAAGACUCCAAUUCAAACCCCAAUCAAAUAAUUAACAAAGCAAACCUCACAUGCACCUGUGAUAAACGAAUAGAAAAAUCCCUCACAUUAAUAGUCAUAAUAAUAAUAGCCAUAACAAUAACAAUAAUUAAUAGAACCAGAAUCCUAAAAGAAGGUAAAACCUAAUAACAAAUUUUAAUUGUCUGCAAAGUAAAAUGAUAUUUAUAAUCUAGUUCAAAAUAUGAUGUUUCAAACAAAAAAAUGAAUGCCUUUAAGUAAGAAUCGGUAGUUCUAGACUCAGAGUAGAAACAUGAACAUGAGGAGCUGAAAUUUACACUGAAAACACUGUCUGAAACAUUAAAAAUUUCAUAUUAAGAAUUAUGCCAAAGAAUGUUUUAAUGUUCAGGAGAUUUGAAUACACUUUUGGAUGUUUAUCUAAAUCAUUAAGAAAAUUUGUUAUGGACAAAGGAAGCUGAUGAUGCUUUGAAAGCUUAUCUGGUGGAGGAAAACUAAUUUGAAAAGCAAAAAUUAAGGGCAAUCCUUCAUGGAGAAGAAUAGAUAUAGAAGAGAAAGGAAUGGUUACAUGGAAAAUGAAAGGAU